AUGCAUAUGUCUCCAACUUUUGUAGGACUGGAGGGACGGGAGGUUGACUACGAGGUAGAAUUUCUGGAGGAGGAAGCAGAAGCAGGACCAUCAAAUGUGCAGCAGGCAAAAAGAUCGUUCCAGGAUACACUGGAUUCUGCUUCGCCCGGAAGCCCUGGAAGUGAAAGUGAACAAGCGGAGCCAAAACAAAUAUUUCGAUUCCCAGCAACUGUAUUCUGUCCUUCUGUGGGAAAAGUGCAAGUGAACUGUGAAUCAGCUGAGGAGGUAAUGCAAACUGUAUGGGAUUACUGUGAAAAGUUCAUUCGCAGAGAGGCCGUGUUUGAAUCACUCGCUGGUGGAGAUGCUGAUCAAUUUACCGUGCACUGGAAUGAUGAUUUGAACCCAGAAGUCGGCGAUAUGGAUAAGUUCAUCUCCUUCCAAGAUAAAGCCUCGAAACGCACGUUUAAACCAUUACAGUUGCUAGAAAAGCCAGACAAAAUGCAGAAAUUUCUGAACAGAGAUAUUAACGUGUUUGUGCACAUUUAUUCGGAGUUGGUGACCUCAGCCGCUAUGUACGAAACACUGCGAGUGCAGCUGAUAAAACCGGAGGAGCGUGACCGAGCAGGAGCAGCAUCCAACCAGGCAAACAGUAAUUUGUCCACUGAGUUGAAGGAACUCUACAAGCUAUCCUACAUUUCAUCGGACAUCAACUGGUCUGUAUGGGCUUCGUACUUACUGACCAAAGACGCGCUUGAACGAGAGGAAUUCAAGUUGCGAGGACCUCCCCAACAUCUGAUACAUUUGUUCCAGACGGUUCCCUCAUGCUCUCAAAACGUGCUGAAUCACACUCGUCAGGAUGUAUGCAUUGCCCAAAAUGUUAAUUCAGGGUAUAAACAAUUGUUGGAUGGCCUGCAAGCAGAUUUGGACCAGCUUAUGACAUAUGCUAAGGCGAUGCAAUUGCGCUUGACCGCAUUGCAAACGAUGCAGGCAACUAACACUUCAUUGCUAGCAGAUGUGUCUGGCAGUAUUGCUGUAUCUGAAGAUAGCUUUGGGCAGAAACUCGCCGAGGAAGUCUAG